UUGAAUCUUCCGGUAAGCCGGUUUCUGUGGAAGUCGUAGUAAAUCAAAAGGCAUUUUGAGGCUAUAAAAAUGUCGAAACGCAAAACAUCUGCCGAACCAACGCAAGAUAAACUCACCCGUAUUGCUAUCGUGAGUUCAGAUAGGUGUAAACCAAAAAGAUGUGCGUUAGAAUGUAAGAGAUCUUGUCCAGUUGUUCGUAUGGGCACGGGAAAAUUAUGUAUUGUGGUUACUCCAGAAUCCAAAAUAGCCGAAAUUUCGGAAGUUUUGUGCAUAGGAUGUGGUAUUUGUGCCAAGAAAUGUCCCUUUGAAGCCAUAGCAAUCAUCAACUUACCAAGUAAUCUUGAGAAGGAAACGACCCAUCGCUAUGGUCCAAAUUCUUUUAAACUUCACAGAUUGCCAAUCCCUCGUCCUGGUGAGGUUCUAGGGCUUGUGGGAACUAAUGGUAUUGGCAAGUCCACAGCAUUGAAAAUUCUUGCUGGCAAGCAAAAGCCUAACUUGGGACGAUAUGGAAACCCUCCUGACUGGCAAGAAAUAUUGUUGUAUUUCCGUGGCUCAGAAUUACAGAACUACUUCACAAAAAUCCUGGAGGACGAUCUGAAGGCCAUUAUCAAACCACAAUAUGUUGAUCAGAUCCCAAAAGCUGUCAAGGGGAGUGUCCAGUCUAUUCUAGACAGAAAAGAUGAAACUGAGAGUCAGUUGGAAAUAUGUAGACAAUUAGACUUGAUUGCUGUACGUGAUCGAAAUGUUGAUGAGCUUUCAGGAGGAGAGCUGCAGCGCUUUGCUUGUGCUGUCGUCUGUAUACAACAGGCUGAUGUGUACAUGUUUGAUGAACCCUCCAGUUACUUGGAUGUAAAGCAACGUCUCAAUGCAGCUAAGACUAUCAGAAGUCUUCUUACUGAUGACAGGUACAUCAUUGUUGUAGAGCAUGACUUGAGUGUGCUGGACUACUUGUCUGACUUUAUCUGCUGUCUGUAUGGUACUCCUGGUGCUUAUGGUGUAGUAACUAUGCCUUUCAGUGUUAGAGAAGGUAUCAAUAUUUUCUUGGAUGGAUUUGUGCCAACUGAGAACCUCAGGUUUAGAGAGACUUCUUUGGUGUUCAAAGUGUCUGAAACAGCAGAUAAGGAAGAGGAAGUCAAGAGAAUACGUAGAUAUUCCUACCCAUCUAUGCAUAAGAAGCUAAAGGAUUUCCAGUUGAACAUUCAAGAGGGUGAAUUCACAGAUUCAGAAAUCAUUGUGAUGCUUGGAGAGAAUGGAACUGGCAAAACGACCUUCAUUAGAAUGCUUGCUGGCAAAUUAAGUCCAGAUAAUGAGGAGGAAGUCCCAAUGCUGAAUGUCAGUUACAAACCACAAAAGAUCAGCCCCAAGUCCCAGGGUACUGUAAGACAGUUGUUACAUACAAAGAUUAGRGAUUCAUAUGUACAUCCACAGUUUAUUGCUGACGUUAUUAAACCACUGCAAAUUGAAAACAUUAUGGACCAAGAGGUUUUGAACUUGUCUGGUGGUGAGCUUCAGCGUGUUGCUCUCACAAUUUGCCUUGGAAAGCCAGCUGAUGUGUACCUUAUUGAUGAACCAUCUGCUUAUCUUGACUCUGAACAGCGUUUGGUAGCAGCUAAAGUUAUCAAAAGGUUCAUUCUCCAUGCAAAGAAGACAGGAUUUGUGGUUGAGCACGAUUUCAUCAUGGCUACCUAUCUUGCUGAUCGUGUCAUUGUCUUCGAGGGAACACCAUCAAUUAAAACUACUGCAAACACACCGCAGUCACUAUUGACAGGAAUGAACAGAUUCUUAGAGUCACUUCAAAUUACAUUCAGACGAGACCCAACCAACUUCAGACCUCGCAUCAACAAACUCAAUUCAGUSAAGGAUACUGARCAAAAACGGAGCGGGAAUUUCUUCUUUCUUGAAGACUGARGCUUGCUAAGGGCAGCACCAAGGAUCUUCACCACAGUCGCGGCUGUUCAAUCACAUGUCAGCCAAGAAAUCUUGCAACUCGCCCRGGCUUGGUUCCAGUCUCCAUGCCGGGGUUUGUUAGAGAACGAUGGCUGUGUAUUGGAUUCUUGGUAAAUYCAGUCUUACARCSCUUUUUAAAUKUUCUUUUUCGUAGUUUUACGUGUUCGUUUUCGUAGUUUAUUUAGUGCAUGUAUGGGUAGUGAUAAUAAUACUCCACUUUCGCAUUCUCCUAUGCUAUGUAUUAGCCUCAAUUGUUUGUAAARUAAUCCCUAGUGUGAAAAAUCUAUUUCUCUUUCUGUUAGUUUCCCAAACAUUUUCGUGUCUAUCUACCAGCUUUCUUGGAAACGCAAGAUGUUAACUAGUUUUGAGGCUGAUACACAGAAAAGCGGAGAACACGACAUUGGAGUAUUAGUUAAUUUAAAAAAGGUAGAGUCUAUCAGAAUACAGAACCAUAUUUUCUUCCUUYAAAAUGGCAUCAGUGCUGAUUUGAACCAUACACAGUCGUCGUUCUCUUAUGAUCAGAUCCCCAGCAUAUGGAAACCAAGUCAAUACUAUAAUAAACCAACAAGCGAGAAUGCAAUUUCUAAUAGAAAUCAAGAAAUCUCUUCAAGCAAGAAAUUGAAAGAAAUGAYCGGCAAACUAUGCCGUGCUCAAGGAACAAUGAUCAAUUAUUGAACGAAGUACUGAUGUAGCGAACAUACRUUGUACCUUACUAAAAGAGCUAUCUAUAAACCCCUCCCUCUCAUUCUGACACUCAGUAUUGAUUGAAUUUUGUGUAAAUGUGCUAUAGUGGAAACCAAUAAACUGAAAUAGUCCCACAAACAUUGUGGUAGA